UUUGAUGAACUCAUUAGUGAGUAAGAACUGAAAUGAACAAACAAACAUCCUGAGAGAAUUUGUGAAGCACACACAGCAGAGAGACGCCUCAUGUGAAUUACGUCAGCAGAGAGAAUAUGGCAGUCGCAGGGCCUCAGUGUAUAAACAUCUCAGUGUGCAGGCAGGACGGCUCUUCUCAUGAUGGCAUCACUCAAAUGACAGACAUGGACUUGGAUGGAGUGAAACUUGGCCGUUGCUUUCCUCAUAGUAAUGCAUCAUGUCCCAAACUGAUUUUUGAAACAGAAGUAUACGGACCUUUGUAUAUUUUCUCGUGUCUUUUGUUUUUAUCGACAGUGUUUGGAAAUCUUCUUGUCAUCAUUUCUAUUUCUCAUUUUGUUCAGCUGCACACGCCAACUAAUAUUCUGAUCCUUUCACUCGCAGCGGCCGAUUGCUUAGUGGGUUUCUUUGUGAUGCCCAUCACUUUGAUUGUCCUGAUUGAAACUUGCUGGUACUUUAGAGAUUUUUAUUGUUAUUUGUAUUCUGCACUUACCAGUUACUUUAGUGUAGUUGUUGUAUAUAAUGUGGUUUUAAUAUCUAUUGAUCGCUACAUUGCUGUCUGCCAUCCUUUCUUUUACAGCUCAAAAAUAACUUUGACUGUUGCAACCAUUAGCAUUGCUGUGCUGUGGCUGUUUGCACUUUUAAUUACAGUCAUACUUUUAUAUUUUAGUUAUAUUGAAGUAGAGACAUGUGAAGGAGCUUGUGGAGUAUACACUUAUUAUGAAAUGAUCAUUUUCAUUUUACUCUUAACUUUCUUUAUCCCUUAUUCACUGAUGAUUGUUUUUUAUAUCAGAAUAUUUGUAGUUGCAAGAAGCCACUCAAGAGCCAUCAACUGUAUGAUAGAAAAGAGGCAAACUAUGGAGGUGAGUGACAGAAAAAUAUCAAAACUGUCUGAAAGAAAAGCCGCAAAAACAUUAGGAGUAGUCGUGGGGGUUUUUAUUAUCUGCUGGCUGCCUCUUUAUGUGUACAAUUUUUUUAAUGAUGGUAGUAACUCAAACACACAAAUCAUCAGGAAUGCCUUUGUGUUGGUCAGUGAAGUGAAUUAUGCAGUUAAUCCAAUUCUUUACGCUUUUAUGUAUUCCUGGUUCAGAAAAGCACUGAAAAUCAUCCUGACUUGUAAAAUAUUUAGUCCAGCUUCUUCAGUGCUCAAUUUACUGUAAAUGUUAAAGAAAAUAAAAAAUUUAAUUUUCUGAGCUUAGAUGUUUAUUAUUAUUUGUACAU